CGUUGUAAUGACGAAGUGAAGUCAAAGCCCAAACUGUCUGCCCUCGAAUUCUCUUCCUUCUCUCCUCCUCGUCCAUUGUUUGAGAUUUUGGAUUGACGGGGACCACAUGUUUCCCGUGAUUUAUCUGAACUGGUUAGAAAUGGUAACAUUCUGAAGGUGUGGAGAGUGCGUCCAGUUCCGCCGACGACCCCCCACCCUGCCGGCGCCCUGUAGGAUGUGAUGUCACAGCCGCGCUCCCCUCUUCCUGUCCUGCAGUGUGUGUGUGUGAGUGGGGAGCGUGUCCCACCCGCACGACAGACGGGACAUGUUUGAAAUGAAACCCCGGAGUGAUAAUAAGGAGUCCAGCACCGAGACAGUGAAGCCCUCCUCCCUCCCUUCCUCGUCAGAUGAGGGCAGCAGCGGUAAGGCGCGUGGAUCCGGCUCGCUUGGCUCUGGCUCUGGGUCUGGCUCUCUCUACCUGUAUGACAGCCAGGACUGGGUCAUCUCUCCCAGCUGCUCCCCAGACGAACCCACCAACGCCAUCUCCCCCAUGCUGGCAGAGGAGACCUUCCGCUACAUGACCUAUCUCGCUCUGGAGCCCUCCUCCUUCUCCCACCCUGCCUCUCACGGCCUCUCCAAAGUCCUCAGCGGGGAGCGGGUGGAGCAGAUGACCAGGACCUACAAUGACAUGGACGUGGUCACGCACCUGCUGGGCGAGCGCGACCGGGACCUGGAGCUGGCGGCUCGGAUUGGUCAGUCCCUGCUCCAGAGGAACCAGCUGCUCCAGGAACGCAACGAUUCCCUGGAGGAGCAGCUAGCGCAUGCUCUGGACCAGGCGCACCAGCUGCAGCACGAGCUGGGGCAGAAGGAGGAGCUGCUGCGCAUGGUGGCCAGCGGGGAGGAGGAGAGCGAGACCGACUCCAGCUGCUCCACGCCGCUGCGCCGCCACCAGCCACCGGGGGGCGCCCUGGCACUCAGCCAGCUGGAGAGCCUGCAGGGGAAACUGUCCGAGCUGGAGGAGGAGAACAUGACCCUGCGCUCCGAGGCGUGUCACCUGAAGAACGAGACGGUCACCUACGAGGAGAAGGAGCAGCAGCUGGUCAGCGACUGUGUCAGGGAGCUCCGCCAGUCCAACAGUCAGAUGGUGGGCCUGUCGGACGAGCUGUCCAAGAAGAACGAGGAGGUGCUGAGGCACCAGGAGGAGAUCUCGGGCCUGCUCUCCCAGAUGGUGGACCUGCAGCACCGCGUCAAAGAGUUGGCUCUGGAGAAAGAGGAGCUGAGGAUUCACCUGCAGGCUUCCAAAGAUGCCCAGAGACAGCUGACUGCUGAGCUGAACGAGCUGGCUGACAGGAAUGCGGAGUGUGUGGGCAUGCUGCAGGAGUCCCAGGAGGAGAUCAGGGAGCUGCGGAACAAGAACACCCCAGCUGCAGGCCUGCGCAGACACCUGCCCUACGGCCUCUACCCCAUGGACUCUCUGGCUGCGGAGAUCGAGGGCACCAUGAGGAGAGAGAUGAGUGUGGAGGAAGACACUGCUUUUCAGGACCAGAAGGUUUCCCAGAAGCGCGUGUUUAAGACCGUGCGCUCCGUCAACGAGUCUGUGGAGCGUCUGGCGGGGGUGGCCACGCCCCCCAUCCCGGGCUCUGGACGCAGCUGCCUAGUGAUGACCGCCCAGCCCUUCCAGUCCAGCCAAUCGCAAGACGCCAACCGAGAGGAGGUGAGGCUCGGCCAACCCGGCGCCCCGGGGGGGAAUGACCUCGUGUCCGCCCUGCACCGCCUGUCCCUGCGCAGGCAGAACUUCCUGUGCGAGCGUCAGUUCUUCCAAUCGGAGCGGGACAGGAAGCUGCAGGCCAUGGGGGCGGUGGAGUCGGACGCGGAGGGCAGCGGCUGCAGCUCUCCGAUGGGCAGCUUCGUGUCCUCCUCCACCAACCUGUCGGAGUUCUCCGUGUCCUCCAGCUGUUUCAAGACCUUCCUGCCGGAGAAGCUGCAGAUUGUCAAACCUAUGGAGGGCUCCCUGACUCUGCACCACUGGCAGCAGCUGGCCAUGCCCCACCUGGGCACCAUCCUAGACCCCCACCCCGGCGUGGUCACCAAGGGCUUCCGCCCGUUGGCCCAGGACGCCGAGUACCGCCUGACCGACCUGGAGGAGGACGAGGAGGACGAGGAGAAGAAGAAGGGGUCCUGGGAGAAGGAAGAGAGAGAGGAGGAGGAGGAGGGAGGGAUCACCUUCAGAGUGCAGAGUUCGUCCACGCCGGAGGAGAAGAGGGAGAGAAAGCGUUCUCCCUCCCCUGUCCCCGCCCCUGCCCCGACCCCGCCCCUGGCUCCUCCUCCCCCGCCGGCCUGCCUCAACCUCCCCACCUCUGACCUCAUUGUGACCCCUGCCCCUGCCGACAUCAUCAGGACCUCCACCGCCCUCUCGCCUCAGUGCAUGCCCGCAACAACCCUUGCCUGCGUCCAGUCACAGAGUCUGAUGACCACAUCGAUGACGACCACGUACUCGGGUCAACACCCGGGGAAAUGCCAGAGCUCCACAUCCUCCACCUACACCUUCACCACCUGUCGCAUCCUGCACCCUACUGACAUCACCCAGGUCACCUCCAGCUCCCACUGUCAGCCCUCGUUGUUGGACCACACCCCCAGCUCCAUGAGGACCGGCCCCAGCACCCCGGUGACCCCCUGCAGGCUGAGCCUGGGCGAGUCCUUCCCCCCUCGCCGCCCCGCCGCACCCCCCGGCGGCCUGGCCAAGCUCGUGCUGGAGAAGGGCAUCUCCGCCCAGGUCUCCGCCGACAGCCCCCGAGCAACAGCAGGCUCCGCUCCCCCCAAACCCUCUCCCCCCCCCCUGUGCCCGCUCCUCGGCACCCCUCCCGACUCGCCCCCCCGCUCCCCCGUGCCCUUCCGGCCCCGCCCCGUCCCCGCCGACAACUUCCUGGCGUCGCGCCCGGCGGAGCUCUUCCUCCAGGACGUGUACGGCCUGCGGCUGGGGCGCGCCCCUCGCCCCGACCUGCCCAGCCCCUCCGCCGACCCGCCCGCCCUCGGCCACGCCCCCCACAAGCCCGGGGCCAAGCCCGACCCCAUCAACCUGGUGGAGAGGCUGCGCAGGCUGGGAUUGGUCAAGGUGCUCCGGGGGAGGGCCCCGGAGGGCCCGCCCCGCCAGGACUCGUCCACCCUGGUGGCGGCCGGCGGAGGCAGCCUGCUGGACGGCCUGAGGAGGAACCAGAGCCUCCCGGCCAUGAUCGGAGGGCGGGGGGGGGCGUCCGUCGGCAGCCCCGCCCAAUCGGGCCCGCCGCCGCCCCACCCCACCUCCCUCGCCAUCCCCCCGCCCCCCUGGGGCAACCUGAGGGAGCCUCGCGCGGUCCGCCGGCCCGCCUCCCUCUCCCACGUCCCUCCCACGUCGCCCGGCCCGCUCAAACGCUGACGUGGACGGGGGCAGCUACAGGGAGGCCAGCGCUGACUGAACAGGCAUCACCAUCCCCCCCCAUCCUUCCCUCUUCUUUCAGACUGACGGGUGGAGGAGGUGAGGGCCGCCUAAGGAGGAGCUUUAAACCACCUUGUUUUUUUGGAAAGCACAACAUUGGUGGACUUGAGGUUUGCAUCGAUGUCAGGGUGUGUGUAAUGUACGUGUGUGUGUGUGUGUGUGUGUGUGAAGACUUUUACGAAGCCUUAGCUUGCCUGUUAGUGGGUAACUCUACUGUUCCUAACGCCCCUGUCCCCUGGGAGGGUGGAGCCCUCUCCCGGUCGCUCUAGUCUUCUCUGAGGCUCUGGAAGCUCUGGACGGAUUUGAGAUGGAGGGAGGAGAAAGGAUCAAAGCAAGUUGAAGAAGGUUUGAGAAAGGGAGAGAGGGAUGAAUUGGAGUGAGAGGAGGAGGAUGAGGAGGAGGACAGCCACGGCAGGUGUGUUAUUCCAGGAAGAGAGACGGAGGGAGAGAGAGAGGAGAGGGAGCAUCCAGAGCCUCACUACUUAAAGGGCUUAUCCUCUGUGCCGAACAGAAGCUAGUUUUGGAGCCGGUCUACCAUCUAAGCCCCUACUCUCAUCAGUCUGACCAGACCUGAUCUGAUUGGCGGAUACACUGGGGGUGUUGGCCCUAAUUCACCCUCUGAUUUGACUGACUUUUAAGUGCCAUAUUGUGCACACCCGUCCAAUCCAAUUAGAUCUCCCAAAGUGCAUUUUGAGGGGGGGUCUUAGAUGGGGAUCUUAGAGCGGCCUGUAGUUGUUAGCUAGCAUCAGUAGUUUGUUUGUUAUCUCCAACCUACUGUAGGAACCAGGCUGGUACCCAUGCACCUUAUUGCCGGGACAGAGUAAGAUUUGGUGAACCCUUUGCUUUGCUGUUGUCAAGUGACUUUGCAAUACCCCCUUCCAUUAGUGUCCCCCAUGGCAUUUUCGAAACUGCCUGCUUCUUGCCUACAGUUCCCAGCAUGCACCUGCAUCCUCUGCCAGGAAGUGGGGCCAUGCUGAAUGCGAAGCGGGGGAAUGAAACCGGUUGCGACUUAGUUGGGUGUUGUUGUCCUCGUCUGACUCUCCUUUCCUUCAGGUCUUUUUUUAAGGAAGUGGUGUGAGCCUUAAAGGGGAAGCCAGCACUGUUUAAACAGGAUGUUUUUGUUAAGCCAUGUUUGUAUAUGAAAUUGCAGGCACUUAAUAGGAUUUGUAAGCUAGUUUGUUGUUUUGGAGGAAGUGCAAGUGGGGAAUUCCCACUGACUUUGGACCUAUCUGUUAAAGGGAAGUGCCACAGUUUUUUCCAUUGCCAGUCACCUUAUCUCAGGCCCAUGGCAUGUUCAGGUGCAGUCAUAUGCAGUCAUAUGCAGUCAUAUGCAGUCUCAUCCAGGGAGAACGACCUCUGACAGCCUCAGUUCUGAUCUUGGGCUCCGUCGUUAUGGGAGGGUCACUUCAAGGGCACGUGUGCUACUCAUAUUUACCACUAGAGGGAGGAGACGGGUUAGCGAUUUGGCUGGAGCAGCAACAAGAAAGAGGAGGUUGGGUUCAGGCUAUGCGAGCGACCUUGACCUUCAACCCCGGUUUGACCUCCCUCUCUGAUGCUCUGUGCUGACUGGGCCUUUCCUGUCAUCUACUGCACUUUUUAUUAAUUUACCUAGAUAUGAUUUACUGCUUACACAUGGGUAUGAUAUUACUGACAAAUGUUAAUAUAAGGCUAAUUUAGCAUCACUUAAUGUAGCGUAUAGUUUAUAACCAUGAAUGCCAUUUAGCAUUUCAUUUGGAGAUUUUAAUAUAUUAUGCUUUUGUGUUUGUUUGGAGACUUACCCCGUCAAAAAGGGAUUCCAUGACUACAUUUCUUAGCUCUCAGUUCAAACCGAAACUCUCCAGACAAUUUUUAGGAAAUGAAAUGCUGUUUUGGUUUGUUUGUGUGUACAGUAUAUGUGUUGUAAUAAUGGCACUGACCUAUUUCAUGAUUAUAAGCUUCCUGUUUGAUAAUGAGUGAUAUUUUUGGAGAUGCAGGGAGGGGAUGGGAUAUGUGGCCACUGUUUAUACCACUGAACAGCACGGCCCAUUCAUACAGUUGUUUGGCACCCAGCCCUGGUUGAUGAUGCCACAUGGUGGUGGAUAAUGGAUGUUCUGUGACAGUGGACAACGUUAUGACUUCAUGCCUCAGCCUCUUUUGCCUGCCCUUUGUAAAAUACUCACAUGACUGUCCUUUUGUUGCUUCUUUUUUAUUAAAGUAAAUAAAAACAA